CUCUCUCGCGAUUUCCUGAUUCUCUUCAAUCUUCAUCAUCUUCUGAUUUGUGUUUGUGAGUUGUGACUGUGAUUCAAUCAUCUUCUUCUUCCUCUUCCUCUUCAGAUCGAAAAGCUUGAAGGUUCAGUCAGAUCCUGAUCUGAAGCUCUACUUAGAGCAAAAGAUGUCAGGUGAGUUGUGUUCGAUGAGACCUUUGUUUGGUGGCGCUAUCUCCACCGUCUUCCCUCAGAGAUUUGAGAAUGUGAGUAAUAUCCGACAAGUUCCAGAUCAUCAGGAAGUGUUUGUCGAUCCUUCAAGAGAUGAGAGUUUGAUAUUUGAGUUGUUGGAUUUCAAGACUGAGGUUGGUGACAUUGGCAGUGCUUCUUGGUUCCUUAAUGAUCUUGCGCGUGAGCAAGAUGCUGAAGGAUUUCAGUUGAUUGAGCAAUCAGAGGUCAUUGAGACGCCUGGACUGUCGUACAGAAACAUCCCUGCUGUUGCAACAACUGCUAUUGGAGAGAUGGCUAUAUCCAAAGGAAGACAGGGAAGAGAAGCACAAAACCUAGUGAGGGUAUAUGUGGCAAAUCUGCGUCUUAAGGGAGUUGAUACAGAUGUCUUAGUGACUGCGUAUGAACCUAUUCUGAUAAACCCUCUGAGCGAGAGCGCGGAUGCUGUGGGAUCUGGUUUAGCUGUCCCAGCUUCACAAUCUGGAAAAAUGCCAAUGUGUAAUGUCAUUAAACAAUCACUCUCUACCUUCAAAGUCAAUGACUGGAAUCUUUUCGGUUCCUCAGCUUGAGUCUAUGCCAAAAUGAGAAGACGAUUCAAUCCUACCAAUACAAGGCUUCAAGAAGUUUGCUUUAUUAAAGUUUUUGAAGUACUUUUAAUUCUAGUUCUUGAUCCUUUGAAUUAGGUUUUAGGCUUUUAGUAGUUGGAGCUUUAUAAAUAGGAUAUUAUUUCCCUUGUGUAAGACACCUUUGGCUUUGAGUAAACAGAGACUCUUCUCCCUUUUCCAUGAAUCGCUUUGUAUUCAGUUU